GAAGGGCCAGUAAAGCGGAGAAGCAGGAGCUCCGCUCUGGUCAGCAGUCCACGCCUCCGCGCUGCUACAGUGUUGUUGGAGGAGCCGAACAGGAGCUGCUCUCAUCGAGGGGUGAACAAUGUCUUCAAGCAAGUUUCAAGCAACUUCUCCGGCUCCUAUUGUCCAUUUUCCUACGGACUUUACGUUUACCUCCACAGACACGUCAGAUGACUCGCUAUCAAUUAACGUGUCUGACUUUUUGCAAAGACAGAUUCCACUUGAAUAUUUCAACCUUGCCUCCACGAGUAGCUCCUCUGUUCUUUUCCCUGACACAUCUUACCGACCAUUACAGAGGGAGAAGAUUCACUUCUGCCUGGAGUGCGGGAAGAGCUUCGGAGAUACCAGCAAUCUCAAAACCCACCUGCGCAUUCACACGGGAGAGAAACCGUACCAGUGCUCAGAGUGCGGGAAGAGCUUUAAUCAAAAGAACCAUCUGCUCAGACAUCAGCUCGUUCACACAGGAGUGAAACUGUAUUACUGCUUCGAGUGCGGCAAGAGCUUCACUCGGCAGACAACUCUGGAGCAACACCAGCACAUUCACACUGGAGAGAAGCCGUUUCAGUGCUUAGACUGUGGAAAAUGUUUUAAUCAGCAGAGUAAUCUGAGACUGCACCGGCGCAUUCACACCGGAGAGAAGCCGUACGACUGUCCGCAUUGUGGGAAGAGCUUCGCCCUGAGGAGUGCUCUGAAAAAACACCUGCCCAUCCACACCGGAGAGAAGCCCUAUCACUGCACAGAGUGCGGAAGGAGCUUCACUCUGAAGAGUCACCUCACGACUCAUCAGCGCCUUCACACCGGAGAGAAACCGUACUUCUGCGGAGACUGUGGGAGGAGCUUCAGGCAUUCGGGUACUUUAAAGGACCACAAGUGCAUUAGAAGGGAGGAGGAGGAGGAGGUGGUUCUUGACCUGUCACUGCCAAAAAAACAGGAUUUUCAGGAAAAUCAGGAUAGCUUAAUAGUAGUCGUUCCUUGCCAAAUCAAGUUCCAGGUGGGGGCGCUGAUUGUAUCAGUGUGGUUCCCCUGUCGUCCAGUCCAGGUGGGGGCGCUAAUUGUAUCAGUGAGCUUCUCCAACCCCAGUAAAGCGGAGAAGCAGGACCGCUCUGGUCAGCAGUCCACGCCUCCGCGCUGCUACAGUGUUGUUGGAGGAGCCGAACAGGAGCUGCUCUCAUCGAGCAAUGAAGGACAUCCUGAAGCAAGUCCUCUCCUUCUCCUGGUGUCCACUGUCCUACAUGCUUUAAAUGUACUUUCACAAACGCAUCAGGAGAUUGCAUCACAGGAAAUAUGUUAUGUUUUUGAAAUCAUGAACAUGGCCUCCACAAGUAACUCCAGUGCUCUUUACACCGUCACAUCUUACAAGCGAUUGCAGAAAAAUACAGGCAGAGAGAAAACUCACUACUGCCUAGAGUGCGGAAAAGGUUUUAGAGACAGUAAUAAUCUCCAAACGCACCAGCGCAUUCACACCGGGGAGAAACCGUACCAGUGCUCAGAGUGUGGAAACAGCUUCACUCAGCAGAAUCAUCUCCAAAGACAUCAGCGUAUCCACACAGGAGAGAAACCGUAUCAGUGCCUGCAGUGUGGGAAGAGUUUCACUCGACAGAAUACUCUCGAACUUCACCAGCACGUUCACACCGGACUAAAACCGUUUCACUGCUCAGACUGCGGCAAGAGUUUUAGCCAGAGAAGUAAUCUGAGGCUUCACCGCCGCAUUCACACCGGGGAGAAGCCAUAUUACUGCUCGGACUGCGGGAAGAGCUUCUCUCUAAACAGUUCUCUCAGAGCACACCUACAGAUUCACACCGGAGAGAAACCCCAUCACUGCUCAGAGUGCGGGAAGACAUUUUCCCUGAAGUGCUACCUCAGAACUCACCAGCGCGUUCACACCGGAGAGAAACCGUAUUUCUGCUCACUGUGUGGAAACAGCUUCAGACACUCAAACACUCUAAAGGAGCACAAGUGCAUUAAGAAGGUGGAGGAAAGUUAUGAUCUAUGAAACUGUCAAAUCCAUCAGGAUACAGAGGUUAAUAUGGGUCGGCCAGCUCGCAUAGGGCCUGUCCAGACACGUCAGGUAUUUCUAUGGAAAAUUAACGUGAAAAACUUUCAAAUUGUAAAACUUUGCUCCAGUUAGUUUUUGGAUUUUUUCUAAAAUUGCACCCUAAAUAUUGAGAUUACUGCUUACAGAAUGACUGAACACAGCUGACACUUUGUGUAAAUAUAACAAUAAUGUGGGGUCAUUCCAGACCAACUUACCAAGGGCCAUACAACAUGUCAAAGUUGGGCUCCAAUUAGGUUUUUAGUUGUGAAGUUGACCUCAACAGAAUCUAAAUUCUAUCUUAAAUAUUGAGCUGACCUGUUUGCAGAGUGACUGAACUGAACUGAAAUAAUAAAUGGUUAUAAAUACAGCACUGACAGAAAUAUCCCUCUUUAAGGCAAUGGAUUUUAUAAUAACACAUUCCUUUAACACAAACCACAUUAAUAAUAAUAAUAAAUGACCAUCAUCCAUUAAAGUUCAUUUAUCAGAAGAUUUAUGUUUUGUUUUUCAGAUUGUGCAGCAUUUUGUCUUCGAAAAUUAUUUUUCAGUUGCUUUUUACAAAAUGCAGAUUUUGUCAUUGAAUGUAUGAGUUAUUAAUUUUUGUAGGCAGUAUUUGAAGCCACAGAGUUCAAAAUCCAUUUUGUAGGACAUUAUUUUUCUCCAGAAGGGAUUGAUUCUAUUUCAUUUAAAUUUUUUCUGGAAUUAUGUCUGAUUAACACCUUAAUAAUUAAUCAAUUAAUUCAAUUAAAUUAAUCAAGAUACAAUUUAGAACAUGGUGGGACUAACUUUAUAAAAUUCAUAACUAAACAGUAUUUUGAGUACAGCUUUGAAAUUUGGUAUAGUUGCAUGAAUUAAAUUGGUUUUUUUUUGUUUGUUUGUUUGUUCAUUUUUUGUUUUUGUUUGUUUGAUUUUGGAUGGAAUUCGAUGAUGUGACCGGACAGGCACUACAUGAGCAUUUAACAAAAUCUAGUUUUAUGUAGUAUUGCUACAUUUAAUGCAAAACACUUAUUUAUUCAUUUCUGCAUGUGUUCAAAAUGGCUUCACAAAUAAAUAUAUUUGAGGCA